GGGCAGCGGGGACCCGUGUGUGUGUGUCCCCGCGGUUCACCCGGGAGCGCCUGCGGGACGGGAACCCCCAAACCGCCACCGCCGUCCCCGAUUGCACCCCGAGAUACCGCGGGGGAGGAGGAAGCGGCGCCGACGCGGGGGGAGCGCGGCCCACGGGGACCCCUCGGGAGCGGCGGGUCCCCCCCUUCCCCCCGCCGGGGCCUCGGGCGUCGUGUGUGCCCCGUGUCCCCCCGCCAUGCGGGGUGGGGGUGUGUGUGUGCGUCCCCGCGCUGCCGGGGGGGUCCGUGCCCCCCCCCCCCCCGCACUCUCACAACCGGGCCCCGGCGCUGCCGUGGCGGGGGGACACGGGGGGGCCCGGAGGCGCCCCCAGCCCCUCCCCACGCUCAGCACCCAGGAGGGGCCGGGCAGCCCCCGGUGGGGAGGGGGCCCCACGCCUCGGCCCCCCCCGGGCCGGAUGUGGCACCCCACGGGGGGGGGGCGUUUCGUUAGGUAACGAGGCGGUAACCGUCUCCCGCCCACGCAGCCGCCACGGGGGAUUUCCAGGCGGGGGGGGGGGGGCCGCGGGGGCCCCGCACCCCUUCCCGCUCUGCCCCCCACCCCGGGCCCUUCCCGGCCCCCUCGGGGGGUCCCCCGGGCCCGACCCUGCCCCGGGCCCCCCCCUCACCCCCACCCCGGGCUCAGGGGCGGCGGCUCCUCCAGCGGGCGAGUGUGCAAGGGGGGGGGUGUGAGUGUGCAAGAGGGGGCGAGCGUGCACGGGGACCCCCGAGCAGGCAGGGCCGUGCAGCCGCAGGCAGGGCUGCGGGCAGGGCACCAACAGCCAGCGGCCGGGGUUUCCCCCCCCUCCCCUCCCGCCGCCGUCGGGGCCCCCCCCGCCUCUCCGGCGGCACGUGCGGCCGGUGCCGCCCCCGCCCCGCCGGGCCGUGAUGUCACGGGGCCGGGCCGGGACCAGCCGCCGCGGGACCCGCCAGAGCCGUGGGUAUCCCCGUCUGGCAGCCCCUGCCUGCAGGCAGCGUCUGGCAGCAGGCAGCCAUGGAGGAGAGCCGGGAUUGGGCCACCCUUAGCCCCCAGGAGUUUGCCCAGCUGCAAAAGUACCUGGACUACAGCAGCAGGAAGGUGCAGGACGUGCUGCAGGAUUUCUACGGUGACGGGGCUCUGUCACAGCACCGGCAGGGAGAGUGUGUCGACUUUGAGGGGUUCACGCUGUUCCUGAGGAGUUACCUGGAAGCGGACGACGUCCCGGAGCCGCUCUGCCGCCAUCUCUUCGCCUCCUUCCAGAGCGGGGCCGUGGCACCGCCGGGCAGCCGGGCAGGCAGUGACCUCGUCUGCAUUAAUGACGUCUCCUGCUACUUCUCGCUGCUGGAGGGGGGACGCCCCGAGGACAAGCUGGAGUUCACCUUCAAGCUGUACGACAAGGACGGGAACGGGCUCCUGGACAGCUCGGAGGUGGAUCGGAUCAUCACCCAGAUGAUGCGGGUGGCCCAGUACCUGGACUGGGAUGUCACCGAGCUGAAGCCGAUCCUGCAGGAGAUGAUGCGGGAGAUCGACUACGACGGCAGCGGGACGGUGUCGCUGGCCGAGUGGCUCCGUGGGGGGGUCACCAACAUCCCGCUACUGGUGCUGCUGGGCCUGGAGGUGCACAUGAAGGACGACGGGCAGCACAUGUGGCGCCUGAAGCACUUCAACCGCCCCGUGUACUGCAACGUGUGCGAGACGCUGCUGGUGGGGCUGCGCAAGCAGGGGCUGUGCUGCACCUUCUGCAAGUUCACGGUCCACGAGCGCUGCGCCCGCCGGGCCCCCCCCAGCUGCAUCAGCACCUACGCCAAGUCCCGCAGGGAGACCGGCGUCCAGGCCCACGUCUGGGUGAAGGGCGGCUGCGAGGCCGGCAAGUGCGGCAAGUGCCAGAAGAAGAUCAAGAGCUUCCAGAGCCUGACGGGGCUGCACUGCGUCUGGUGCCACCUGAAGAUCCACGAGGAGUGCCUGCCCCUCGUGCCCCCCGCCUGCGACUGCGGGGUCCUGCGGGACCACAUCCUGCCCCCCGCCGCCAUCUACCCCGUCCUGCUGGAGAGGCAGGACAGCCAGAGGGACGGCAGCGGGACGCCGGUGGAGGAGACGCCGCAAGUCUUCACCACCCCCGAGGGCCAGGCGCUGCGGGUCAGCCCCGUGCCCGACACCCACCCACUCCUCGUCUUCGUCAACCCCAAGAGCGGAGGGAAGCAGGGGGAGAGGGUGCUGCGGAAGUUCCAGUACCUGCUCAACCCCCGGCAGGUUUAUAACCUGCAGCAGGGAGGACCCACCCCAGGGCUCAAUUUCUUCCGGGAUGUGCCAGAUUUUCGGAUCCUGGUGUGCGGCGGGGACGGCACCGUGGGCUGGAUCCUGGACGCCAUCGAUAAAGCCAACCUGCCCCACCGGCCCCCCGUGGCCGUGCUGCCCCUGGGGACCGGCAACGACCUGGCCCGCUGCCUGCGCUGGGGGGGAGGCUACGCCGGGGAGGACCUGGUGAAGAUCCUGCGGGAGAUGGAGGGCGGCAGCCUGGUGCAGAUGGACCGGUGGCAGCUCCAGGUGCUGCCCGAGGACCCGGUGGCCGCGGGGGACCCGGUGCCCUACGAGAUCAUCAACAACUACUUCUCCAUCGGGGUGGACGCCUCCAUCGCCCAUCGCUUCCACGUCAUGCGGGAGAAGUACCCGGAGAAGUUCAACAGCAGGAUGAAGAACAAGCUGUGGUACCUCGAGUUCGCCACCUCCGAGACCAUCUCCGCUACCUGCAAGAAGCUCAAGGAGUGUCUGAGCGUGGAGUGCUGCGGGACCCCCCUGGACCUGAGCGGGGCCCUGGCGGGGCUGGCGGUGCUGAACAUCCCCAGCAUGCACGGAGGCUCCAACCUCUGGGGUGAGACCAAGCGGGCGCUGGGGGAGGCAAGGAGGGCGCCGGGCACCGGGCAGCCCCCGGCCAUCACCGAUGCCGAGACCCUCAAGACCUGCGUGCAGGACCUGAGCGACCGGCGGCUGGAGGUGGUGGGGCUGGAGGGGGUGCUGGAGAUGGGGCAGAUCUACACCGGGCUGAAGAGCGCGGGCAAGCGGCUGGCGACCUGCUCCGAGAUCACCCUGCGGACGCUGAAGCCGCUGCCCAUGCAGAUCGACGGGGAGCCCUGGAUGCAGCCGCCCUGCACGAUCAAGAUCACCCACAAGAACCAGGCGCCGAUGCUCAUGGCCUCGCCGCAGCGCUCCUCCAGCUUCUUCGGCCUCAAGAAGGGGCUGUCCGAGGCCUGAGGGUCCUGGGAGAGGGGGGGAGAGCCCCCCCGAGCUGCGCCCGGGCAGGGGGACGCGGGCCAACCCCCCCACCCCCGUGUGUCCCUGGCAGGGGCGGGUGGCAGCUGUGCCCCCCCGCCCCGCACCCAGGGGUGCUCGGAGCCCGCGGGUGCUGCGCCAGGGUGGUGGGGGGCUGCGCCAGACGCCCCCCCCGUGUGCCCGUGUGUGCCGCGGUGGCCGGAUCCCCCCGCCCCACUGGGUCCCCCCGCCCUAUUUAUUUCCCCCCCCCAAUUUCAAGUGCCUCUUGCAGGAAUAAAGCUGGUGGUGAG